AUGGAACAACCUUGUGUCAAGUCUUCUCAGCACCGUUUAGAUGACUGGUUAAUUAUUCUCAAAGAACAUCAUAUUUUAAAAUCUCUUGGCGAAGAAAGAGAGGCGUUUGAAAGAAGUUUAGAACUUCCAACAAUUCCUGAAAUGAUAUUCGAUCAAAAUUCCCUAUCAAUUUGUUUCUGUCAACCAAAUAAUGAACAAAUAUGCAAAAUUGAAUUUAAUGCACUUGAUGCUCUUAAAUUAGUCGACCCAAAGAAUAUAACUAUAGAGGUACCAUUUGCAAAGGACUGGAGAGAUUCUCGAAUUACUAAUCAAGAAGACAUACUGCCACAUAAACCAUAUGACUGGACUUUCACUACUCCGUAUACAGGCACUUUGUCUGGUCCCUGGAGUAUAUCUCCAACUUCUGAGGGUUUAGAUAUGGAGUAUUUACGUCGGAAAGAUCCUAUUCGCUUUUUUGUCAAUACAACGCUAUAUGAAGAUGAAUUAGGUGAUAAUGGUGUAUCUAUUCUGAAUAUAAAGUUUCGUGCAAUGUCUUCUGGUUUCUUUUUAUUACAACGUUUUUUCUUACGUAUUGAUGGUGGACUAAUACGAGUGUAUGAUACUCGACUACAAUGGCGUCAAAAUGAUAGUUAUUUAAUUCGUGAUAUACGCCGAAUGGAAAGUUCAUCUUGGAGAGAAGAUAUGGUUGGCAUCAGUUUAGAAAUAGCAGAUCAACUAUGUGAUACAGUUAUAGAGCAUUAUACUGAAAAACUUGUACCACCAUAUGUAAAUUCACCCUAA